AUGGCGCGUGACGCAUCCGAGGUACCGGUUAUGCGAUUGGAGAAUCUGGUCAUUGCCGCGAAGGAUGGCGAGCACAGAAACAUUCCUCGGGCGAAGUUCAUAGAGAACGUGGAGUCAUUCGUAGGGUCCUGUGACCCAACAUCCGUUGAAUGGCUAUUAAAAGAGCUUCUCCAGAAGUAUCGUUUCAUGGAGAGGUCUCUUCUUGGACAAAAAUGCAUGCUGCGGGCCAAGGCAGUCGCAAUAAAGGAGACCAUGGAGGCAGUGGCGAUGCUGCAGAAACAGCGGGACAAAGCAAAAGAGGGAAAGGAUGGGGAUUUAACGACACGUCUGCAGCUGGCAGAAACAGUCUACGUGCAGGCUACCAUUCCGCCAAAGGAUACAGUGUGCCUCUGGCUAGCCGCGGAUGUCUUUGUGGAAUAUACCCUCGAGGAAGCAGAGGAAGUGCUCAGCAAAAGCCUCAACUCUGCAACGAAGUAUCUAGGGGAAGCGGCGGCGGAUUUGGAAUGGCUGCGCGAGCAAAUAAUCAUGACUGAGGUCAACGGCGCCCGCGUUCACAACUUUGCAGUGCACAAAAUGCAACAGCGGCAAGCCGCCGCUGCAGAAGAUAAGACAGACAGGAAACAUGACUGA